GCCGUACUCCCUUGCACGAAAGCAGCAGUCAGAAUUAUAUUCACUUGGUGAGUUAUUUACUCAAACACAAUGCUAAUCCUAACAUUCGCGCUGUUCCUCGUGGAGGAGGUAGCGGAGCGGGCACGGGUGAUACACCCCUUCACGAGGCCUCUCGUGAAGGCCACGCUCGAAUUAUUCGAGCCCUCCUACGCUAUGGCGCCGAUAUGAAAAUUUGCAACAACAACGGUGAUCGGCCUAUUGAUGUCUGCAGCAAUGAGUCCUCUCAAAUGGUUUUCAAACAGAUUAACCAAUCUAGAGAGUUCCCAGGCUCGACUCCCGGUGGACCAUCAUCUUUUCUUUCAGUAAAGAAGUCAGCUGCACCAAAGUCUUCUCCGCCUCUAUCUUCGUUUGAAGGUUAUCAUCAAGGUCGGGGAUCUUUGGAGGAGUCAAUUACUUCUAAACGUCGUACAAGUCCUGAUCUCUCUGGUUCGAGUCCUGCUGCUUCUCAAUCCAUCCAUAAAUCCAGCUCCCCGCACCAUCUGCAUCAUCAUAGACACCAUUCUCCUAGUGCUGUGCGUCGAAAUACCGUCUCUGGACCGGCACCUUCCGUGGAUUCCACAGGAAAUAUCCACCAACUCCCUCGACUCUCUACCAAGAAAGAUCCCUACGCAUUUGACGACGAAGAAAUAGAGACCCCUUUACAGCCCCCUCAGGAGGUCACAACAACCCCCAGCGCUGUAGCCUCUACUACCUCUUCCCCUCUCAACUCCCAUCGUUUCGUUACCGGUGUAAGUAGUGGCUUUUUGUCUGGUACUGUAGCUCUAAACGUGAAUACUACCACGACAUCUGGAGAGUCCACACAUCACUCUGGUCCCUCCGCUACAGUUUCUCCCAGUGCUUCCGUUGCCGGUGCUGGGGGAGGUCCACCAUUGAAACUGCGCUUCGCCAUGGAGGCGGGGCAUUAUACCCUCAUGGAGAAUCAGGAAAAUGCCCCUGUUGUUGAAAACGGAGAGGGUGGGAUUAAUUCGGUUGGGGAUGCUGAGGCAGGUGAGAUGACCUCAGCUCCUACUAUUAUUGAUGUAACACCAGGGGUUUCAGCUGAGGCGGCUACCUUGUUGAAGUCGGGAGAGCAUACUCAGGCUGUAUCUGUUGCUGUUGAUGGUGCUUUGAAACCAGAAGCUGGAAGCGAUCAGAAGGUGACAGUCGGGACUGAUGAGGUAGGAAGUGAUGAUGGUCGUUCUCCAAAAGUACCUCCCCUCCGUAUCAAACUUGGAGGCAAUACACCUCCUCCUCAAUCACAGCCUGAAGCAGGAGAGAUGAUGGCAAAUGUAACACCAUUGUCUAAUAAAGGCAACGCCGGUGUUGAAAAGAAGUCUGAAGAUUUCAGCAGUGUUAAGGAGGAAGAUGAAGCAGCGGAGAAUCCGAUCAAUCAGUCUUCUACUGCCUCAACGCAGGAUUCCAAGCAACCGAAGAUGGAACCUGUCGAUGAUAUUAGUGCCGGUGGUGAAUGGAAAGAUGAGAAUGUUGAGCGGGAAAGUAAAGGCGGAGAGACAGGUGGAAGACAAGGAGAGGAAGGAGAAGAGGGAGAGAAGAAAUCGGGAAAUUCAACCCCAGCUUCCACUUCCACACAUCCAACAAGACGCGGGCAGGGAAGCUGCACAGGAAAAGCAGGAAAGGCGGCCUCCACUGCGGACUCGAUAACUACGACUUCAGGAAAGAGGCAUGCCUCUUCGGAGUCUGGGGAUAGUAAAUCUAAGGACUCGAGUGAUAUGAAGCCAGACGAGGUAACAAAAACUCGAACAUUCAGAACACUUCGAUCACAUACAGCCGCUCAACGCGAGAAGGAGGAACGUGAAAAGAACUGUGAGUGCUUAUUUUUUAAUGUCUCAAUAAUCUAUCAAUGUUGUUUUCAUCAUCAUUUAUUUAUUUAUAUCAAAUUGCAGGCGUUUUGAUGGU